CGGCGGCGGCGGCGGAGCGGGGCGCGUGCGGGCGCUGCUGAGGGGCGGCAGCCGCUGGGCCCGGCCCCCCCCCGCCGGGCGCCAUGAGCCAGGGCAGCGGCGCUCCCGGCGAGAGCGGCGAGCCCGAGGCCAAGGUGCUGCACACCAAGCGGCUGUACCGAGCGGUGGUGGAGGCGGUUCACAGACUGGACCUCAUUCUUGGUAACAAGGCAGCUUAUCAAGAAGUGUUCAAGCCGGAGAACAUCAGCUUGAGAAACAAGUUGCGAGAACUCUGCGUGAAGCUGAUGUUCCUGCAUCCUGUAGAAUAUGGGAGGAAAGCGGAAGAACUGCUCUGGAGAAAAGUUUACUACGAAGUCAUCCAGCUCAUCAAAACCAAUAAAAAGCACAUUCACAGUCGCAGCACCCUGGAGUGUGCAUACCGGACUCAUCUAAUCGCUGGCAUAGGAUUUUACCAACACCUUCUUCUCUACAUUCAGUCUCACUAUCAGCUGGAGCUGCAGUGCUGUAUUGACUGGACUCAUGUAACAGAUCCCUUGAUAGGCUGCAAGAAACCCGUGUCUGCCUCAGAGAAGGAGAUGGAGUGGGCACAGAUGGCGUGUCACAGAUGUCUGGUUUAUCUGGGAGAUUUAGCUCGCUAUCAGAAUGAGCUGGCAGGUGUGGACACAGAACUGCUUGCUGAGAGGUUUUACUAUCAGGCCCUUUCCGUUGCCCCACAAAUUGGCAUGCCUUUCAACCAGCUGGGUACACUGGCAGGGAGUAAAUAUUACAACGUGGAAGCUACCUAUUGCUACUUACGCUGCAUCCAGUCUGAAGUGUCCUUCGAAGGGGCCUAUGGGAACCUGAAGCGGCUGUAUGACAAGGCAGCCAAAAUGUACCAUCAACUGAAGAAAUGUGAGAGCAGGAAACUGUCUCCAAGCAAAAAACGAUGCAAAGAUAUAAAAAGACUGCUGGUGAGCUUUAUGUACCUACAGAGUCUUCUGCAGCCCAAAAGCAGCUCUGUGGAUUCCGAGCUGACAUCUCUUUGCCAAUCGGUGCUGGAGGAUUUCAACCUGUGUUUGUUCUACCUGCCCUCUCCCCCCAACCUGAGCUCAGCUAGUGAAGAUGAAGAGGAAUAUGAGAGCGGGUACUCCUUCCUUCCUGACCUGCUCAUCUUCCGCAUGGUUAUCGUCUGCCUUAUGAGUGUGCAUAGCCUCAAGAGGGCAGGUUCAAAGCAGUACAGUGCAGCCAUCGCAUUCACACUGGCCCUCUUUUCUCAUCUGAUCAAUCACGUCAAUAUUCGUCUGCAAGCAGAGCUGGAGGAAGGGGAGAAUCCAGUCCCAGCCUUCCAGAGCGACGGCACAGAUGACCAAGAGCCGCGGGAGCCUGUGAACUCCAUCGAGAAGGAAGCAGAGGCUGACUUAGCUAACCAUCAGCCCAGCGCCGAGCAACAGAAGAACGACGGCAAGAAAGGCAAGAAGUACUCACGCCUCUCCUGCCUGCGGCGUCGGCGCCACCCCCAGAAGGUGGAUGAGAGCGACCUGAGUGAAGGCUUCGACUCAGACUCCAGCCAUGACUCUGCCAAGGGCAGCGAUGGCUCUGAGAGCGGCUCGGAGAAGAGUGACGAGGAGGCAGAGGCUGCCUUCGAUGUAGAAACGGACUCAGACAUGAACAGCCAGGAGUCCCGCUCAGACCUGGAGGACAUGGAGGAUGAGCCGGGUGAGGAGGGAGGGGGCCGCACCAGGAGCGCAAAAAGCAGGGCCAAGGAGGCCUUAAAAAACUGUGUGGAGGGGAGUGGGCUGGGGGACUCUAAAAACCCAGGUAACCCCAAGACUGAGAACCCUGACCCUGCUGCCAAUGGUCCAGGGUCUGUGGGCACAAAUGAGGCAAGCAUAGCCAGCAACCUGCAGGCCAUGUCCACCCAGCUCUUCCAGACCAAACGCUGCUUCCGCCUGGCUCCCACCUUCAGCAACGUCCUCCUGAAGCCGACCAGCGGAACAACCGCGUUGAAGGAGGGAGUGGGCAGCAAGCCCUGCAUCAAUGGAGAUGUGAACAAGCCUGACUUGGUUGAGCAAGAUGACAUGUCCGACUCGGAGGAAAGCGUCACCAGUAACAAAUCCUGCAGGAACGAGAAGUCGCUUGAGGAGAAGCUGGAGAUCCUCACCAACGAGGGAUUGCUUCCUACUGUCAAGGUGUUCCUGGACUGGCUGCGAACAAACACCGACCUCAUCAUCAUGUGUGCCCAGAGCUCCCAGAGUCUAUGGAACAGGCUGUCUGUGCUCUUGAACCUCCUGCCUUCUGCUGCACAGCUGCAAGAACCAGGGCUGGCCCUGUGUAAUGAGGUUAAGGACUUGCUGAGUGGCUCUGAGCUCCCAGACCUGAGCACCCACUUGCUGCUCCCGGAGGAUGUGGCCCUUCGCAACCUACCCCCUCUGAAGAACGCACACAAGAGGUUUAACUUUGAGCAGGACAGACCCAUCCUCUCGCCGGUGGAGGAGUCCGUGAUUCGGAUUUGCUGCAUCCGGAGUUUCGGCCACUUCAUCACCCGCUUGCAAGGCAGCAUCCUGCAAUUCAACUCGGAGCUCGGGAUCUUCAUUAGCAUUGCCCAGUCAGAGCAGGAUAACUUGCUGCACCAAGCUGAGGCCCAGUUCCACAUGGCUGCUGAGGAAGCUCGUCGGAACAGAUUAAUGAGAGACAUGGCUCAGCUACGACUGCAGCUGGAGGUUUCUCAGCUGGAGGGGAGUCUGCAGCAGCCCAAAGCUCAGUCUGCCAUGUCCCCUUAUCUUGUCCCAGACACCCAGGCUCUCUGCCAGCACCUUGGCAUCGUCAGGCAGUUAGCCAGCAGCGGGCGGUUCAUCCUCAUCAUCCCUCGAACAGUGAUUGAUGGCUUGGACUUCCUGAAAAAGGAGAAUGCAGGUGCGCGAGACAGCAUCCGGUAUUUGGAGGCUGAAUUUAAAAAGGGAAACAGGUACAUUCGCUGUCAAAAAGAUGCUGGGAAAAGCUUUGAGAGGCAUAAAUUGAAGAGACAGGAUUUAGAUGCCUGGAAUCUCUAUAAAAUAUUGGAUAGCUGCAAACAGCUGACGGUGUCACAGGGGAAUGGAGAGGAUGACACCACAGGGAUGGUGACCAUCAUAACUGGCUUUCAGCUGGACGACCCCAGCGCCUUCUCUUCUCCAAUGCAGUCUGCUUUCCAAGCAGCAGUCAAUGCCAGCGUGGAGAUCAAGAACGUGCUGGAGUUCUACAAGCAGUGGAAGGAGAUGGGCUGACGGGCCAGAGAGCGUGGCGUUGGUGUACCUUUCUCUCCCCCUCUCGGAAAGCACCGUGUCUGAACGAAGGGAGCUAAAUCCCAGCGACGCAGACACGAAGCAGCAGCAGCCGCCGCCGCCGCAGCCGCAGCAACCAUAACCAAACCAACCGAACCGAACCCUGCCCCCCUCCAAAUCCAGCUCUGGGCACUCUCGCAAAACACCCGCCAGCUGCCCUCCCAUCCGAGCAGAUGACUGCUCGCCCCUCCUUGCAGCGCCGACUGCUCUGAGAACAGGGGGGCACCUUGGGUGCAGCCUGGAGAGGGCUGCCCUUCUUGUGGGCAGGGACGGGCGAGAGAUGGGCCGCUGUCCAUCCCCGCCCUCUCAAAGCUUGCUCGGGCAUCUGAAAUGGGCAGGCAGCUUCUCCUCUCUAACUAUUUAAAAUGACAAAGAAAGCCCCAACACAGCAGGGAAGGAAAAGCUCCUGGGUUGGAGCCCUCGCUCUGUUGGGAACCUGGUGUAGGAAAGCGAAGGUCAUCUUGCUUUUUUUUUUUUUUUAUUAUUAUUUUUCCUUAUUUUUUUUCCCCCUUUGUCCCCUUUUAAAUUCUUAGUCUUUCGCUAUUACAAAUCCAGUGGAGUUCCUUUUGGCAGUUCUAAACACUUGUCACACCUUAACGAGAAAAAGGAAACGAUGAUGCUAUUCAGAAAAAAAAAAGCAAAAGCAAGAAGAAAUAGCUCUUUAUAUUCAAAAUUUUUAGGAACAAGCUUAUUUAUUUGCCGCUUGCCCUGGUGGUGGUGGGGGUAGCCUGUAGAGAGAUCUGUCAACUGGCAGCCUUCCUCCAUCCCACCGAGGGGUCCUGCGCGUGUUCCUUGCUUCUGUGCCUGUGGCGUGUUGUGAGUGGUGACAGACCCGGCGUGGUCCGCUUGAGAGAGCGGAGAAGAAAAGGCCUCUUCCCACCUGCUUGCUUUCUUCUUCCAAAGUGACCCCCUUCCUGGGCUCCCAGCAGCUGGAGGAUCCAUUACUCGGGAGCUUGCCAUGACUCAGGAGGCAGAUUAGGAGCAGCAGAUAUCUCCGCUCUGUGGCCGUGGUGGGGUUGUGGGGAAGGGAAGAGGUUCCUAAGCCAUCAGCUCUCUCUUCAGCUGGCCAUCUUGGUGAUGCACUUCAGUAUAAAGCAAGAGAGAUUUGCAGUGCUCAGGUGAUCUCAUGCUAGGGGCAGGGAAGGGAAAUGCUACAACAGCUGCAAUUCAGUUGUCAGGCAGGACUGGCCUGUGCACCAUUCAUUCAGUCGGAGCCAGUCUGCCGCAAAGGAAAGACCAGGCCGAGCCACAGGUCCCAUUUCACUGGGUCUGUCACCAGCCUCCAUCGAACUCUCACCUCAAUACCUGCAGCGAGGCCAAGCAGUGGGAUAAGUUAAACCAGCUCCUGACAGUUGGGACCGAUGCACUUUAAGCCCAGAUGUGUCUCCAUCCAUCCACCCACACCAACAGCAGCUGCAAAAGGAGUUAAGAGCUCCCUUCCCUGCACAACAGGCUGAAUUUUGUCUCGACUGGCAAAAAUACAGACUAGUUUAGGACAACUGGCCAUGCAGACAUCCCAGCAUGCCAGCAGGGACAGAAUGCCUCAUUGUGGUUUCGACUGGUUUGACUUGCCUCCCCAGCUGUUUCGGUUCCUUCGCAGCUGCUGCUCAGGUAGACGUGCUGAGAGUUCAGGUAUAGCUGGAACCAGCUGCCCAAUGCCUUUGAAGCUGUACUUCGAAGUCCUAGCUGUAUUUAAGGUGUAGUGGUUCUUUCCCAUCCCACUCCCUGUGCAAAGCAGAGCUGGGGGAGAUAGUGCUGCCUACAGAUUCCCUCACUUCAGCUUCUCCUGAAACCCGUGGUGCUUUUCACUUCGGCCAGGCCAAGGCAACAGCAUAAGCAAAUGUGCUGUGCAAGGACUUUUUCUUUCUGCCCGGCCAGGGAGGCAUCCCCAGGUGGAGCCCAACCCUCGGUGUGUGCCGUUUGCUGCAAGUCACAUCGCGGUUUUCUUUUGAGAGCUUUGUUUCUGUUUUUUAGUUUGUGCUUUAAUGAAUGGAGGUGGAAAAAAACAAAAGCCGUAUCCCUUACUUGGGAUAGCCCCCCCCCCCGCCCACCUGGGCAUACAGCCCCAAGCACUGAUGGCUCAACCAUUUGUGCCCUAUAGAUCUGCCUCUCUUUUGAUGUGCUGCUGGCCAUAUGGCUGAAAUUACACUCCUUGGUUCCUCGCAAGCAUGGGUCAUCUCCGAAUCUGCCUGGUGAAUUUUUCUUUCUGGAGCUCAUGUCAGCUGCCCAAUUCAUGAUGGAGAACCAGCUGGAAGAGGGCAGCAACCCAUCACCUCAUGAAAGCAAGACCUCCAAAGCAACUUGUGUAGCAGCCGAGCAUGUCUACUGAGAGAUUUGCUGCUUUUUCCCCCUCCUCAUAGUUACAGGACAUGCCGGUUUGGUUUUGUGAAGAAACGGGAAUCCUUCAGAUCAGGGCUCUGGAUCCCAACGCAGGAGUGACUUGCUUUCUUGCUUGCCUUGGUUGAGGAGAGCAGUGCACCCAGGACUGAGCAGAAGGCAUUGGCGUGGUGGGUGGCAGCAACUUGCAGGUCAUACGUGAGGGGCUGGAAUGGAGGAGCUUUGUGACAGCUGACGGGGAGCGAGGAUGGAGCUGUGCAAGGAGGAAGGAGACUUCUGCGAGGAGGUGGCUGGGUCAGGCUGACGUCUUGGCACAGAAAAGACCUGGUCUCAGAACGGAUCAGCCACAGGAGCGCGUGGCUGGGCUAGGCUGAGCCAUCGCACUGCCUGGCAUUGGGGGUCGUUUAAUUUCUCACCGGAGUUUUUAACCUCCCAUUUAUUCUGCAACUGCACAUGUUGCUCCCUCUUCACACAUCUGCAGAGGAUCUCGGCGCGCUGGUUUUAUCCAAGGGCGGGAGUUGAGCCUGGUCCACGUUCCUGCCUCAGUGCAACCUUUGUGCAGGUUAACUCAGUAUUAUCACAAGCACCACAAAGAAGGAAAAAGCCCCCGGCCUUUCUCCAAACAGGAAAUCCUCAUAACCAGCUGGUGGGGGAAUCCAUCUGGCUGCCCCUACCUCAUCAGCCUUCUCUGCAGCAAGGAAUUUCCUGUGCUCCAGUCUGGGUGAAGCGGGAACUGAAAAAGGGACACGUGUCUCCCAGGACUGGGAUGGCCCAGUCUGACAAGCAGGCCCUGCGGAAGACAGCCGGUCACACUCCCUUCCACGAGACAGGCUCUAGCAGUGCUUAGAUGGGAGGUCCCACUUGAUAGCAGAGGAGGAUGCUCUGAUGUCCUGGCCCUGCAGCUCCCACGGGGGCCAACCUCUGGAUGGAGCAAGAAGGACUCCACGGGCUUGUGCCAGCAGAAAGGUUUGGUCCUUUGAUCCCACACCCCAAUGCAGAUGCCUGCAAGAAGCUGGCUGCUUCUUGCAGGCUGGCGCAGAAGCAGGGGGCACCAUGCACUUCUCUGGGGAUAGAUGGGAAACUGCUGUCUCCUGGGUCACAGCUCUGCCUGGGGCUUCCUCACCCCAGGGCCUGCGUUUCCACCCGACGCAGAUUAACUCCACCCUGUGAUGUAGCUGCUGUCUCAAAGUGCAGCAUGUGAGCCGUGCAGAACCAGCUCUGCUCACGCAAAUGGUGCUAUCUCUGUAGCCCCUUGGAGCUUGCUAAACCAGCUCCAAGCUACAUUGCCGGGGGAGAGGGAGGAUGAUACCCAUGAGCUCAAGAACCAUUGUGUUGCCUUGGCUGGGGAGAAAAAGCAAAGCCAAGUGCUUUUGUUUUGCUUUUAAGUUAACUGUCGUGGAUGCUUCUUGGGUUUGGCUUUUCCUUCGCAUCUCCGCUGAGUCGGACUCCUGGAAGCAUCAGUCGAGCCCACAUGGAGCCAUGGGAUCGGGCGCGGCGACUGGGGCCGCGUUGGCGGCUGUGCCAAGCGACUGCUCUACCGCUCUUCUCCCUGGGUCCGUCAUGCCUUCCCGCGAUUGCCAUAUCCCACUUGCUGCUCUCCGUUCUCACCCCCCUCACCAGCCAGCUCUGUAAGGGGCGGGGGGAAUACAGCGGUCUCCAAGACUUGAGACCUGUAGCUUGCCAGGAGACUUGCUGUAGAGGUAGGACCCAAACCCUGGGUUGUUGUAGCACAAGCGAGGCCCGGCCUGUGGGUCCCCAUUUUGGGACGGGAGUGAGGAGUGGGCACGCGCUAGGGUGUGCAGCACCAGCUGAGUCCACCGGAAGCGAGCAGCUUUACAAGGUGAUCCGUUAUCUGCCGGGAUAUGUGGGCGGGGGCCGCAGAGGCGGUGGGGGGCUCAGACCUCUGGUUUCAUGGCAUGCGUCUGACUGUGUGAUUGGAACACAACUGACUGGCUUAAUAAAGUACACAAUGUUUGUA